AUGGGAAACCUGUCCACAUGCUGCGGCCCACCGGAAGAGAAGAAGCAAGAGCUCAUCAAAGUUCCUGUGAGGAAGGGUAUGGAGGAAGAGCAUGAGGAAGCGGAGGAGGUGUUGCCGAAGGGCUUCACUAUCAGUUUUCUCGACCAGACGGGGAAGGAGGUGGACGUGACCUUCACGGAGCAACCACUGGGCUUCAAAUUGGUGAAGACCCAGGUUCCCCUGACCGUCUCAGGGAUCUUGGACGAAGGUUGCGUGAAGGCCAAACAUCUUCACGUGGAAGCUGGCUGGACCAUCAAGGCGGUGAACGGCAUGGAUUUGGCCAACAAUGUCGACGACGCCUUGGAUCAGGACGCAGCGGACGCGUUAUCCGGACUGGUGGGAUGGGUGGAAGCUUCAUGUGAGUGGAAGCUGGUGGUGCCAACCAAUGCAGAGGCCACGUGCACAGGAGCCGUGAAGCAAGCGACCUGUCCCGGCCGACCUGUGACCUGCUACAAGGAACAGGAGCCAGAUGCCUACCCCUUUGACAAGUCUUCCAACGUCUACUUGGCCGUAGCAGCGACGUUCUUCCAGAAGUAUGGGUUGUACCUCAUUGGCCUUUCCCUCAUCCUCCUCGGCUCGCUGGUUUGCUGGUUGGAUCAGCGGAACUCCGGUGAAGACCCGGAGAUCGAGGAGCGCCUCAGGAGAUUUCAGGAGGAAGCUGAGGCCCAGGUGCUCCGUUCGCUGGCAUCGGUGCACGCCAGAGGAGAGCAACGCGACGCGGAGGGCGAAACUUCGCUGAACUUGCAGCAGCGGGGGGAUGAACCAGACGACCAGAGCGGAGACUGCAGAGACCACAGUCAUGCGGCGGAGGCGACUUCAGACGCUGAUGUGGAAGAGGCUUCAGAGGCGGACGAGGACGAAGAGGUCUUUGACGCUGAGUCCACCGCUCUGGACCGGAGGUUGAGUGGUGCUGAGCUUCGACUCUUUCGGGAGGAGAGAGGCAUCACGGUGGAAUCUCUCAGAGGAGGCGAUCCUUCUGCGAAAGAGACCCCUCCGGUGCUGGGCUUCGACGCGCUGCACCGCUGCGGCGUCGACGCCGCGCUGGCGUGCCGCGCGCGCGGCUGCGCCGGCGGCCGAGGCGCCACUACGGCGGUUCAGGCUGAGUGCUGGGGCCAACUCUUACGACUACGAUUUGGAGGUGCUGAAUGCCUCCCACCACCGGAGAGCGCCACCGCACUCCUGGCGGCGGCGCCGGCCGCGGCGGCGCAGCUAGCUGCAGCGGAGAGGCAGCCGCUGCCGGAGGAGGACUUGGAGGAUCCGCCCUUGCCCUUCGACAGUGCCUGCAGCCGCUGCGAGGUGCGGGAAGACCGUGAUUUGGUGGCGAUUGCCCCGACGGGCUCGGGGAAGACGUUGGCAUAUUUGCUGCCUUUGCUUGCGGACGGUUUGUGCAAAGCGCUUUGCCCUCCGGCCGUUGGCCUUGACGCCAUCUUCAGACGCUUCCAGGGCCUCUAUCCCAGGUCCUUCGAAGCUGGCCGUGGCAGCAACGACACCAUCAUGGAGCGCCUCUCCAAAGCCUUCGCCGCGCGAAAGACCGCUGAAGUGACCAAGGUCAUUAAACAAGUGGCCAAGAAAGCGGCCGAAGGUGACAAAGACAAGGCAUUGAGGGAAAAGUGGUCGAAGUUGCUGGAAGACUUAGACGCAGAAGGCCGGCUGCGGCCAUCCGGGCUCGUGCUUGCUCCAAGCCGCGAGUUGGCGCAGCAAGUGGGGCAGGUGGCAAGGGACUUGGGCUGCGCAGCAAAAGUGAUUCUGGGCGGCGUGGACCAUGAGAGGCAGCGGGAGCAGCUCAAGAACGAGCGGCCCUCAUUGCUGGUCGCCACGCCCGGCCGGCUCCGUGCGCUGUGUGGUCAACUCUCGGCUUCCGCCGCCGCGCGGGCCCAAAGUGAAGGCCGGCAGGAGAAGCACCCACAGGCUCUACUGUCCUUGGGCGUGGUGCUACGCCUGGUGCUGGACGAGGGGGAUCGACUCAUCGAUGAAGGCUUCGAAGAGGACAUCAUGGCAUUGGCCUCUUGCUGCUAUCGGCGACGCCUCACGCUGCUCUUCUCCGCCACCUGGGGCGCUCAGACGGAGUUGCUGUCCGUUCUGCUUCAAGAUGCCUUGAAGAUCACCGUCGCUGGGAUUCCUCCAGUGAUCUCCCAAGAGGUCGAGCUGAUUGCGAAGGCCUCCCGCUUUCGGCGUUUGAAAGAUCUUCUCCGGGAGUUUGGUGAUGCCAAGGUCUUGGUCUUUGUCCUAUUCAAACGAGAGGCGAAGUCCUUGGCCAAGAUGCUGCAGAACGAAGGCAUCCAAUCCUGGCCACUCGAGGGGAACAUGUCCCAGGCCUCUCGCAGCUUUGCGAUGCAGGCUUUCCGGGAGGCGAAGACCAGUGCAGCAGCUCAGUCACCGUCACGUCGUUGGCCGACUUCCAAUGCAGAGCUUGCCCUUUCAGCCAUGGAAGAUGAGACAGAUGGCUGGGGUGACUUUGAGGAGAUCGACUUCGCCGAGGCGGAUGAUCCGCCAUCAGAGUUGAAGGAUGAGACGCCGGAGGCCGAGGAUGUGACAAAGCCCAAGGAUGCUGAGAAGAGCGCCACUUCCAAGCCAUCCGGCUGGGGAUCUCUCAUGAACUUCGGCCAAGCUCUCUUGGCUGAAGCCAGCCAUGCGCUCACCACGGAGCCUGAGCCUGAUAGCCCUGACGACAAGCUUCAGACCGACUUGGCUGCCUUGCUGCAGCAUUACCACCACGUGCUGGAGGACAUUUACCGGCAGCACAAUCCAGAGAGAGUGUCUGACAUCCAGAAACUCAUCGAUAGGUAUCGGGAGCAAGCGGAGAAGGUGGAGGACUUCGGCGCCUUCAAGGCCCAUUGCGAAGAGAAGUUGGAGUCCUUUCACCAGGCUGUUUGCAAGAAAUAUGGUGUGGAAGUGGCAGCGCCAACACCGGCUCAUCCGAGCCCAGACGAGCCCAUCCGAGCUGCAUCGGCUCCGCCCAUCCGAGCGGCGAUUGUGGCGAUCUACGAGACGCAUAACCCUGCCAAGCUCUCUCACGUGGAUGAGCUCUUACAGAAGUUCAAGGGCAAAGAAAGCACUUUGUACAAGAGCAUUUGCGAAAAGUAUGGUGUGGAGCCUGAUCCAGCGUGGCUGGAAGAUGAGCCCAAGGCAGAGCCCACGACCUCACUGGGAGGCCUCUUUGGCGGCGCCUUCAAUGCUGCGCGGUCACUGGGCGGUGCGACGGCGCUGCAGUCGCUGCAGACUGCCGCCGAGGGCCUCCACACCUUGCGCGAGAAGGUGGAGCGUUCCUUCGACGAAGCCUUGGCCGACCGUGGAGAUGCCUUGGCCGAGCCUGGAGAAGCUUCUGGAGGGACCAAGGAUGGCGAAGAAGAAGCAGGUCCACCUGAUACUGAAGCCACAGUGCAGGAAAAAAAGGACUCCUCCGGCGAAGUGCAUGCAGAACAAAACACUGAGGCGCAAGAGAGGCUAGAGCAAGAGCGGUUGGAACAGGAGCAGCAGGAAGCAGAAAGGCAGGAGCAAGAACGCAUGCUGAAAGAGAAGGAGGAGGCGGAAAGACUCCAGAGGGAACGAGAGGAGCAAGAACGACUUGAACAAGAAAGGCUGGAGCAAGAACGCCUGCUGAAAGAGACGGAGGAGGCAGAAGAGGAGCCAAAUCCCUUCGAAGCAACGUCCAACACAGAGGACUCGCCCAGCACCCAGCAACAGGAGGGUGAAGGAAGCGAAGCCAGCCCGUCUCAAUCUCCGGCUGCUGAGGGUAACAAAGCAUUGGAGCUGUUGGCGGAGUACGAAGUGCGGGUGAAGGAGGUCUAUCAAAAGCACAAUCCCGAUGCCCUCUCCGAUCCACAUUUGGACCAAAUCCUCAGCAAAUACCGCGAGCAGAUCCUCAGCCGCCCGCAGGACGCCAACAAUCCACAGGUCCUGGAACGAUAUCGGGAGCGUUUGGAGAGUCUGUACAAAGCUAUUUCUGCACGCUACGUGGACGAGGGCAAGGAUCUGAAGGCCAUGUACAUCGAGCAAAUUACCGCCAUCUACCGUGAACACAAUCCCACGAAGCUUGCAGAAGUGGACAAGCUCUUUGAAAAGUAUGCGGAGCAGCUACCUGUGCUGUACCAGUCCAUUUGUCAGAAGUAUGACGUGAAGCCCUUGCCGGAGUUGGUGGAGAACGACAGCACUGUCGCUCAUCGCGCCCCUGCAGAGGAAUCCAAGUCCUUGUGGGGCGCCUCCUUCCUCACAAGCGGUCUACAGACAUUGAAAACGCUCCAUGGAGCUGCCGAAGGCAUCCGGGAACACAUGGAGAAAUCCUUCGAGGAGGCCAUCCGCUCUGAAGAGGACAUCUCAGCCAUGCAGAUGGUGCAGGGCCUGGGGCAAGCUGCUGAGAAGGGUGCGCAGAAAGCAGAGAUGAAGUCUGCCAAAGAGGUGGUUUCUCGCUUGGAGGUGUCGACCGCUCUUCCCACCUCGUCGGGCGAUCCCGAGAGCGCCGUCGAGGGGGCAAGCAACGAAAAGAGCACCACCGCUGCAAAGGUGGUCAUCUCCAGCGAAAACAUGCAGGAGUUUGAGGCACUGCAGCUGGAGAAGGAGAAGCUUACGAAGGAGAAUCGGAACCUCAAGGCUGAGAAGGACAAUCUCAUCAUGGAGGGCACCAAGAUGUCGCGCCGCGUUCAGUCCGUGGAAGAGCGGAUGAAGGCCAUGAGCUCCGAGCUGCGGCGCGCGGAGCAGCAGACGGCCGAGGCGGAGCGGAGGAACGAGACGCUGAGCGGACAGCUGGCCCGCAUGACGUCGCGUGCGGAGAAGGCGGAAGCGCAGUGUGGUGAGUUGAAGGGCGAGGCACGAAAGACCCUGGCGGAGCUCGAACGUGCCAAGCAACAACUCCAGGGCGAGAAGCGACAGAUGCAGGCGGACCACCAGGCACUGCAGAUGAAGACACGGGAGUCGACUGAGAAGGAGCGACGGAUGGAGGAGCGCAUCCAGUGCCUUGGGUGCCCCUUUUUCCUUCGAUCUGCGGGCGUCUUUGGGCGUCUUUGGGCGCGCGUACGCUACGAACGGGGCUCCUGGUCUGGAUGGCCAUGUGGAUGUGAGGCACAGAGAAAGCACAGGGUUAGAAGGAAGGAACAGAUCAACUGGCCCUUGGUCGAAAGGAGUCCUUUUGACACGAGUUGA